AUGGCCCCCCCUCCAUGCCGCUUGUCCCCCUGGAAUUGGGAUGACACCCCCCCCUCCAAGCUGUCCCCAAGACCCGGGGUGACCCCUUGCUUUCUAGGGGUCACCCCAUCCCCUGUGCUGGCCGUGCCCUUGCGUCUGGCCUUCGAGGAGCACCACCUGGCCUCCCACGACCCCAUCCAGCAGUUCCAGGUCUGGUUCCAGGAGGCCGUGGGGUGCCCGGCCAUCGGGGAGGCCAACGCCAUGUGCUUGGCCACCUGCACCAGGGACGGGAAGCCCUCGGCCCGCAUGGUGCUGCUGAAGGGCUUCGGGCAGGACGGCUUCCGCUUCUUCACCAACCACGAGAGCCGUAAGGGGAAGGAGCUGGACGCCAACCCCUUCGCUUCACUGGUCUUCUACUGGGAGCCCCUUAACCGGCAGGUACGGAUCGAGGGCUCGGUGAAGCGGCUGCCGGAGGAGGAAUCGGAGCGGUACUUCCACUCCCGCCCCAAGAGCAGCCAGAUCGGGGCCGUCGUCAGCCACCAGAGCAGCAUCAUCCCCGACAGGGAGUAUUUGAGGAGGAAGAACGCGGAGCUGGAGGAGCGUUACAGGGAGACGACGGUGCCGAAGCCCCCAUACUGGGGGGGCUACGUGCUGCAUCCGGAGGUGAUAGAGUUCUGGCAGGGCCAGAGCAACCGCCUGCACGACCGCAUCGUCUUCCGACGCCUGCGGGAGGGCGACCCCCCCCCGGGGGACAUGACGCACCGGGGAGAGGGCGACUGGGUCUUUGAGCGCUUCGCCCCAUAGAGGACCACCCCCCCCCAAAAUCUCCAGAUGCGUUCAGCCCCAUCAGGAAUGUCACCUGUGCCAAACCUGUGUGUCCCCCCCAUCUCAUCCUGCCCUGGGGAGGGGGCUGCCCUGGCUCUGCCCUCCCCCUGGACACAC